CAGCAACAUGCGGUCCUCCUGCAACGUGAAUGGACGGGGAUGAGACCCCAUAAGCUGUCCUUCAAGGGUGUCACCAACUGUGUCAUUCGGCUGAUGCAGUCGGUCAAAUUCAAUGCAGAGAUUCCAUUCUCGGACGUGCUGUCCACCAGCCAAUCAAGAGACUCGAUGCCACAUCAAGGAAAAGUUUCCAAAACUAUGGUCAGUUCAUGUCCAAAAAUUAAUUUAUUCUUCUAGGGCAGCGGUUCUCAACCUGUGGAUUGCGACCCCUUUGGAGGUUGAACGAUCGUUACACAGGGGUCGCUUAAGACCAUUGGAAAACACAUUUAUGAAUCAGCAACGAGAAUAAUUUUAUUGUUGGGGGUCAUCACAACAUGAAGAACUAUAAAGGGUCGCAGCGUUAGGAAUGUUGAGAACCACUGUUCUAGGGCUUGCUAUACAUAAAUUAAAAGGUUGUACCCAUCUAACUUGUUAGAACCUUCAUGGUUUUAGAAGGAUUUAAACGAAAUUCUAGGUGAAUGUAGAUGAAGAUUAUAAGAAAAAGCUUUUUUAAACAAGAAACGUUCCUUAGGAUCUAAGACAUUUCUACUUCCUGCCUCAUUCAAGGUCAUAAAGACCAAGCAAGCUGUUAGACCCUCACUGUUAUAGGGUUGAUUUUUAUUUUACCAAUUUGAUCCGUAUGAAAAAAUCUAACCCCUUAUUUUAAUACCCAUUCUUAGAAUAAGAGCCCUUGUGGGCCCUGCAACACCAACGACUGCAGGGGACCUUGGUCAUUAAAGGGGUCUAAAUUUGAGAUGGGGGGGGGGGAAAUUGAAAGCAUUAUAUUUUAAAUAUUUUACGUGAGUAACUAAAUAUCAAAACUGGAAAGUGGCAAAAGGGGGGGGGCCUCCAAAAGUCAUGCGACCGCUCAGCUUAGACCAGUUUCUUGUAAUUUAGCUAUUUAAGUAGAAACUAUAUCAACUUGGUGAAUAUAGAAUCUGGCUAGCCCUUCCCUUCACACCUUCCCACAGUCAAAAUUUGCAAUGAAAAUAUGGUCCUCAGACUUAGGGCUGGAGCUAGACAUUUUUAGGUUGGCGGAAAAUAGGCAAUUGUCGCAAUAUGGAAAAUUAUGGGAAGAGUUUAGGAUUUUAAUUUUUUUCAUUGUAAAAAUUUUUGUCACAUUCGACGGUUUGAUCACGCUUUGUACCCAUCUUGAGCCAGCCGUGCUCAGACUAUUAAAUUUAAUUACUCUGUAGUGUAAUCUAAAGUUCUCUAUAUGAUUUUUUCUAUAUAAUUUUGCAGCAAACAUUUUAGUUCAGGCAAAGAAAAUGUUUUAGGUUUUAGCUCACUAAAUUAAACUGUGGAGAUGUUCUCUGCUCAUAGUAUAUUUUUGUUGAGUUGUCUGGACCAAAGAAAUUUAUUUUUAUCAUUGCAGGGUACAGAUGAGGUUGAAAAACAAGAAGGUGUCACAAUUUCUGUGCAGGAUUAUGUACGUUCAAAUUGUUAGUCUACCUAAUAUAGUUAAACUUUGAAGCAAAAUGAGUUAAACAAAGUGCAGUAAUCAAGUAAUUAGACAACGUUACAAUGUGCCUUUAACUAACACAAUAAGACAAAGUAUUUGAGCAAGUUCCCAACAGGAAAAGCUAAUUCAAGCACCAGGGACGAUUAUAUAAUUGUAUUAUUUAACUUGAGCACUUUUGAAAUGGAGUUUCAGUCAUAGUUUUACCACCUGAUUCCUAUACCCUAAGCUUUCAUUUGUUCUGAAAAUUUGAUUAGGACUUUUAAGAGAUUUUUUUGUCAAGAGUUUGAGUUGGGUAAUCCCUUUAGUUGUAAAACGUGGAAAAAAACGGUCUGUCCUCCCUGUCGCUCCACAGCUGUGUAAAGAGCUCAUUAUUUCAGCUCUGACCCAGGUGGUCUCUUGGUUUAAAUAACUUAUGGACAAUGGAAUAUUGCAGUUUACAGUUUACUUAAAAACUAUGGUAAAAUACACAUAUGGGAGUAUUCGUUGUUUUAUGUUUUUGGGAAAUGGAGGCCAAAUAGUUUAAUACUAAAUCUUUAUUGCAGCAAAAUGUAGGAACAGAAAAGCCCAACAAAGCAUUGAGGAACAGGUAUGAUAACUUACUCAGUAUUAAAAAUUUAUAGCAAUAUUUUGUUUGAACUAUUUAUAUUAUGGUUAUAUUCCGACUAAAUUCAGACAUUUAUUUUAGCCAGCAAGAUAAAUGUAUCUACAAUAAAUAGGCCUAUCUGUGAAACUCGAUUAAAACUGUAUUGGGACUGUAAUUUUUUUUAUAGCUUUUGGUAUGAGCUUCCUAAAUCAAUAAGAACUCUGUCAGAAUGAACAAAUCUAUAUUGUAUUUAUAGGAUGACAGUUCUAGAUUGUAUUUUUAGGAUGGUAUAUGCUAUGGUGGGCAUUAAUCUGCCUAAUAAGUGUAUGUUACAUCAAAGCUCCUCUGAUGAUUUUUUGGGGAUUCUUUGUUAACAAUUGCAUGCCCAAAGAGAUUUUUAUUGCCAUGUUGUUAUUAUUGCAAUGUCUUCAAAAAUAAAUCAAACAGGCAAGAAAUGGUAGAGUCACCAGUGGACAGGGUCAACAAGUACCUGGCGCAGGCUUUGACUGCCAGAAGUAUUGAGAGAGAGAAAUCCAACAACAUUCACUUUCUCACCCUGAAUUUUACCAACAAAGACAAAGAGAAUGGAGUAAGUGGGGAGAUGGGUAUAAUAAUAGACAAGUGUUCACAAGCAAAUGGUAGAUUUUGACACAUUUUUAUAUACAAUUGGUUAGAUGUUUAUAUACAGAGGUAGAGAUCUUUAUAAAAAAAAUUGGCAGAUCACUAUAGAUAAAGUGGGAGAUAUUCAUAGUUUUCAUAAAUUCACUUCCGUAGAACUUAAAGUAUUUUAUCGGUUUAUGUUUCAUUAUGAAUAAAGUACUUAAAUGUAGAAAACAACUUCAGUUGAUUUGGAUAAGAUUUUUUGGGUAUAUUAUUAAUUAGUUUAUCAAAUGACUUUCAAAUAAAUUUUAAUUUUACACAUGUUUACACACUUUGGCCUCAUUUAAUUCAAAAUAUAAUUUUAGAAUUAUAGAAAAUGUCAAUGUAACCUACAUGAACAUGUAGCUCAUGAUUUACCACCAACACUGGAUAUUACUAUGAACUAAGAUCAUUUCUAAUCAAUUUUUAAUUAAUUUGAAGUAAGAAUAAUAAAUGUUUAGGAUCCAUUCUAAUUCUAGAUAAAUAUUUUUUUCUUAAGUAUCUGUCAACAAACUAAUUUAAUGUUUGAAUCAUUUCUGCCUCCAGUACCAGGCAACAGAAGACAUCACUUUUGGUUGUAGCUUGGUGUGCACACUUAUAAUGUUGGUACUGAUGGUAGGCCUUCAGGUAGGUCAACAAGAUAUGGUCACCAAAAUGAAAUUAAAUCAGAGCGUUACCAUAUAUUAAAACUAUAGAAGUAAAUUAUAUAAACUUCAGAAAAUUUGAAAGCCUUCCAAACUUUUACUCAUAAAUUUUGUUGUAAUUUCUUUAGAUUGGUAGUUUUCAACCUUUUUCUAAUGGAGGCAUUCCUGCUACAUUUUCCUUAUUCAGUUAAUACAUAUUUAAAUAAGCAGCAGCUACCCCUACAAACAUCAAUGUCUUUACUGUCAUAGACCUAAUGAAAUCUUUAGAGCAGUUAAGUCAGAGCAGACUUUUCAGACUCCAGGGACUAAUUGGCUUUGGUUGCUAUCAUCCAAUUGAUAUUUGAGGAACAUCGGAGAACUACUACGCAGGCAGACAGGGAAUGAAACAAGACUGCAUUCAUGUACCCAUGCCACAUAAUUUGGAUAUACCUUCAAUGUUCAACUAGGCAGUCUACAUCCACACCAGGUUUGACAAAAACCUAUUCAAAUUAGCCCACAUCCGUGCCAAGACCAAGUCUCAUAGGUCCUCAUUCAGCUAGAGAAAAUGGCCCAAGAAGCAGUUGCACUUUAGUUCACAGUUUUGCUACACUCUGGGAGUAUCAUUGCAGCACUCCAGUUAAAAACCAAUGGUCCAGAAAACUCAGCAAAAAUCAUCGGUUAAUUUUGUCUUAGUUAAAUUAGAGAAAACCUGCCAGAUCUUUUAUUCUUUCUCUAAAGAAAUAUUUCCUGGUCAUCUUCAACAGGUGGUCAUUCUACCCAGGACUUACCUCCUCCUGAUUUUGUUUAUUGUUGCCUUUGCUUGGCCAUCCACUAUUCUUAUUUUUAUUCUUAGCACAAAACUUAAAGUAAGUAAUUUAGUAAUUUCUAUUAAUUUUUGUGUGUCUGUUCUCUAUUCCUUGAUUUUUCCUUAAAUAUAUUUUUAAAAAAAUAGAACAUAUUUUAUAAAAAUGAAUUUGAGGUAAAUAUUUAAUAUCCACUCAGAAACAGCUCAAAUUUUUUCUUUUAGUUUAGAGGGAAUGCAGAGUUGUCUUCCAGUUGAUUUAUUUUGCCAUCCUCUAUUUCUAACAGUGCACCAAUGUUGACCUUAGCAAGUGGACCAGACUACGUGUGUUCCUGACUAUAACAACUGUUUCUAUACCUUACCUCAUGGUCCAAGUUAAUGUAGUGAGUGGUUAUUCCUCUUAACUGGUCCUUUAAUCCGAUAAACCAAUAACUUAGUAUUAAUUAAUAAGAAUGCUGAGCUAACAUAGUAUCAAUUACUAAGAAUUGAGAGCUCUUGUGAAAUCUCCAAACACUCAAACUAAAAAGUUCUGUAAGAUCACACAUUUUAAAUAUACAUUGCUCUCUUUAAUUGUUUAAACACCUCUAUGCAUUUCUAUAUAUAUUUUUAGCUUUAUGUAACUCUCCCCAUAUUUGUGUGUUUCGUUUUCUUCAUCAACCAGCUGUGUUGCAGUGGUGGACAUGGCCUGUCAUUUCUGGACAGUUUGAGUCUGAUGAAUCAAGACAGACAUUUGACCUGCAGUGACCCCAACUACAUUAUUGUGUCUGGCAUCUUGUGCUUCUUUCUCUUAGCCCUGUUCAUCAAGAUAAACCCAUUAAUAAAGGUCAUUUGCAUGGUCAUCAUCACUGCUGGACACAUUGUGGUCAUGGAGUUCACUCACAAGAGUUUGUUUGCCCAAUUUGAUGAUGUGACCCAGUGAGUUCUGUUACAAUCAUGUCCUAAGUAAGAUAAGAUAAGAUAAGAUGAUUUGAGGUAAGAUAAGAUAGGAUGAGAUAAAAUGAGACAAGAUAAGAUGAGAUAUGAUAAGGCAGAUAAGAGGAUAUGAGAUGAGACAAGAUAGAUAUGAUGAAAAAAGAUACAAAAAUAUGAGAUAAGAUGAGAUCAGAUAAGAUAAUAUAAGAUCAUAUGAGAUGAGAUAGGAUGAGAUAAGAUGAUAAGAUAAGAUUCUUUUAUUGAUCCAAAUAAAUGGAAAUGGUUUUUGAUAGCAUUGUACAUAUUUAUUAAAUCAUAUUAUUUGGCAUAAAAUAUCAUAUGGUAAUCAACAUAACCAACAAUGGUAGACCAUUAACAUUUUUGUUUAAGAAAAAUUUGGUAACAAAUUCUGAAAGGCAAAAGGAUGAAACUACAGCAACACAUCCAGAUAUCAGCAUCAGAUAGAAUGACAAUGUAAACGUCAGAUCUACAUUAACAUAAGUUCACCUGACUCUUUAGGGGAGGAAUAUGUUUUAAAGACACUUUUUCACCUGCCUUUCAUUUCACUGUCGGACUAUGGAGCCUAUUUUUUAAAUUAAAGAUUAUUUUUUAAAAUUAAAAAAAUGAAUGAAAAAACUUGAAAUUGGAUCCCAAGUCAGCGCAGAGAUGCAUUUGAAUGUCCAUUAUUUCAUAGUUUAACCAAAUGUGAAUUACCUUCCAUUUAUAGAACAGACUUUCAAGUUAUUAAAUGAGACUCUUAUUACUUAUUUUGAUGUGGCUAAUGUGUACAUGAUUUUAUAAUGAUUCUUUUACUACUUCAUCCAGUGCCUUUAUGCCCACUGAUGUGUAUGGCAUCCUGGCUUUUGUCAUGUUUCUCCUAGGAUUCUCACUCCAGAACAGAGAACAGGAGUGGACACUAAGACUAGAUUAUCUAUGGAAAUCACAAGUAAGUCAUCAUAAGGGUCAGAUAAAGUAAGAUAAAGUUUGGUGUGUAUAGUCUAUUUGUAAGAUGAACAAAUUUUUCACCCAUUUUUUUUCCUUAAGAUUUUUUUGGACUUUGAAUUCAUAUGAUUAUUCAAUCAGCCAUUUUGAAAUGAUGAAAUGUACAAGUGUUGCAUUAUUUUUAGGGUGAAGUAAGAAUUUUUUUUGUUUUUUUGUGUAGGAAAGUAAAGAUUAUGUUUAAAUUCUUUGUGUUUAUUUUUUAAAUUUUGUUUUUAUGCUGUUUCCAUACCAUAGACCUUGGGAUUAGUUAAAUCUUACUCUGAACUGCAUCAAAGUCAAAUCCUUUCUUUUAGUUUCAGCCAAAUCUUUAACAGUCAAUCAAAUGUGUAUGCAAUCAUAAAAGCUCCAUUGAAGUUAAAGAUAAAUUUAAAAAAAUAACUGUUUAAAAGGGUGUUCCAAGAAGUCUAUUUUAACAAGAAGCAGAGUUCCAAGAAAACUUUUUUAACAAGAGGCAGAGUUCCAAGAACCCUAUUCUAACAAGAGCCUGAGGUUCUUUAAAAAAAUAAUUGAAUGUAUUUUCUUUUCUUGUAAAUGAAUCCCUUUAUAUUAUUUCACUAAAUUAUCCAAGGCUAAGUGUAAAAUUACUUUACCUCAACAGCACACCCUGGUGAGUUACCUCUCAGCAUAAGGACUAACCAUUGUAGUCAGCAACUUCAAUAUAUUUAUUAAGACCAAAUUGCAUUCAAUUGUCUUGAUGAUGUUAACAUUUUUUUUUAAUUAUAAACUUUUUGCUGAACCUGAAAUCAAGUUAUCUCAGAUAUUUGCAUGAAAGCUUAGAUGUCAUAUACUGAAAGUACUAUUUUGAAACAUCAGGAAGUUAAAAUUAAUUUUCUCAGCCUUAAAAUCUAUCUUUGUAACCAACAAUAUAUUUAUAUUAAUAUAAUAAUUUAAGUUUUUAUUUGACUGUUCAGUCAUUCAUAUGUUGCAAGUUAAACAAAAAAUUGCAGAAUGAGAUUUGUGUGAUUUCUCUGCUCCUUUUAGACACAUAAAUAAUUUUCUUGAUUUUUCUAUAUCUGUUGUCCCACCAUUGUUUACCUUAAAGUCAUACAGACACAUAGCUUUCAUCUGUGUCAUCUAACAAACCAAGAACCCAGAGAUAAAACAGAAAUAUACUUGCUUGAAAUCAUCUAUCUAUCUUGAAUGUGAUUAGCAAGCAUAAUGUGUAACUUAAUCCAUAUAAUCUAAUUUAAAAAAAAAAAUGUCUUUCAUUAAAAACGUUGCUAACAAAUGUAUAUUACUUGCAUAAAAUGUACUCCCUUGUUGUAAAUAUUGACUUUUUUCUGUUUAAAUUAAAUAAUACAGUUUUAAUAGACCGCUUGCUACAUAAAUGCUAAAAGCAUCUGAAAUGUCUAAAAAAAAAAUCAUAGUAAUAUUGGGAAAACUUGUAAUAAAUUGUUUAUGCAGGAAUGUCCAACCUAUCCUUUUUGGUUGAUUUUAACAGUUUACUCUCUGUUUGACUUGAUAUAUCCCAUAUGGAAUGACAGCAUGAUCAAUUUCUUUAAUGUAAACAGCUAAUGAAAUCUUGCUCUACAGUGAUGCCAAAAAACUAAUUUAUGAUCUGAUCUGACUUCAAGUAUUUACUUCCUAUGCCAUUCGCAGUUUUUUUACCAUUCUUUGUUCUACAGAUGCACUGUUUCUCCAUUUCUUAUUUAAUAAAUGUUUAAGAACAAGGCUUUAAAAAAAAACGCUCGGGGAAGUUUGUUAGUUUUAAUUCCUCAAAAUUAAAAUUAAAAUUUUCGUUCUUGUCAGAAAUUAACUGCAUAAAAUUUUGAAUAUUUUAUGAAACAUCAACUAUUAAUUCAAGGUGAGAUCUUCAAAUAUUUUAGCAUUAUUGAGCAUUAUUGAGAAGCAUGAAGAUGGUUUCUAUUCGGCUAGAUUAUUUGUACUUUACUCCAUAAUCAAAAAUGUGUCAAUAAUCACCAUUGAUAAUGGAUGAGAGUUAAUGCUUACCUUUUAAAUGAGAUCUUGUAUUGGUCUGUCCUUUCAACUUACUUUGAUUUUAAACAAAAUCUCAAAGAUGUCAGCUCAACAACAUGUCUCAUGUCAUGGAAGUUCUGGUACUGAAUAUGACUAAAUUUUAUCAUGACAUUUAGUAUUAUAUGCAAUACAAAAAUAUGAGUAAGCUUAUGGUUCAUGCAGUUUAUUGUUUUGUUUAAAUCCAGACUUUAUGGUCUGGCUUUACAAUCUUCAUGGCACUAAUGGAUCGGUCAUUGUCAGGUGCUUAAAAAGUUUUAUUCUGUUGCCCUGAACAAUGUUACGUUGCCAAUAACCAAUUGUUUAUUUUGGAUGUCUAUUGCAUAUUUAUAUUCUCCUUAUUGGUAGAAAUAAAUAAGUCCUGUAUUAAAAUUUGUGUGAUCUGUUUUGCUUUCAGGCAACAGAGGAAAAAUCUGGAAUGCAGGAACUGCAACGUCAGAACUCUAGAAUUUUAUGCAAUCUGUUACCUGAACACGUGGCCAACCAUUUUCUCAACCUACAGACAAACAGUCACAUGGUAAUUGAAUGAAAGAAAUGGGAGGAGGGUAGGGGCUGAGUAUGAAAGAAUUUGAAGAGAUUUAAUAAUUUUGUUUUGCUAUUAUCUAAGUACAGGAGUGCCUGAUACCAAAACACAAUAGCAUGGCAAAUCUGGGGCACCUCACUUGUUUUUAUGAAUAGUUUUACAUUUUCACACAUGUAUUGAAAAUUUUUCCCCGGGGAUUUGGGGUACUCUUCGGGCUUAAAGUUAAUAUUGUUUACAUCUAACCAAAAAUGAUUGGUAAGAUCUGUUUAUAAAUGACAAUUAAUCAAAUACAUGUUAUAUGACUUAGAUUUAUAUUAAUCAUGCUGUUGUUAAUUAUGAGAUUAACAAAAAAUAUUUAUCAUCCAUUCGUUCCCCAUUAGAUUGUUUAAUCAAUUAUGAAACUCUUGGUCAAGCUAAAUAAGCUUUGUUAAAGUAAUUUCUUUUCUUAUGGUGUUAAUUACAAAAUUUGUUGUACCUCUCAGGAAUUAUACAGUCAACAAUAUAACAAAGUGGCCGUAUUCUUUGCUUCAAUUCCAAACUUCUCAAACUUCUAUGUUGAGUUGGCUGCAAAUAAUCAAGGAGUUGAAUGUCUGCGAGUUCUCAAUGAAAUUAUAGCUGACUUUGAUGAGGUAGUGUUGUAUUUUCAUUCAUCAUUUCAUAGUAAAUCAUAAUAAUAAGAUAAGAUGAGAUAGAUAAGAUUUUUUUAUUGAUCCAAAUUAAUGGAAAUUUUUGUUGACUAAAAUGUACAUAUUCAUUUUCAGAACAUCCCCAAUAUUCUUACAAAAAUAAACAUUUUUUUAUUAGAACAGUUUAACAUAAGACAUCUCAAGUAUUUCUCAUUAUUGACAUUAAGAGUGAUUGCUUCGAUUUUGCAACAGCAGGGAGAGCACAUUGGUAAAUUCUGAUAGUUUACGGAACACAUGAAUUUUCAUAUAUUUUGGUGCUAACUUAAAGGGAAAGAAUUUGCCUGAUCGAGCUGAUCAAGCCGAUCUUAGGUACUUGUGGUGAACAGGGUCGGAUGUAUUCACCAACAUUUUUGUAGUUUUACAAAUUCAUAUUUGCUUAAAAUAAUUCUUCAAGCAAAGCUAGUUUUGUUUGAGCUAUAUAACUUGCUUUCUUGUCUGUUUAAUUAGUGUUUGAUGAGAUGCAAUAAAUUACAACACCAGGUGGUAAUGUUAAAGACCAGUAGGCUUCCAAUUGUUGCACUGUAGAAAAUGUUAAUAUUUUGUUUAUUUAUUAUCACCAAAAUUGUGUAACUUUUUAAGAAAGAAAAUCUUUGGUGAACUUUUUUUUUUGUUUUAAAUAGAAUGAGGUAGUGAUCAUGUCAUGUUAGCAUAGGAUUAAUGGUGACACCUAGGUACAUGCAUGUCUCUACUUGUAGAAUGAGGUAGUGAUCAUGUCAUGUUAGCAUAGGAUUAAUGGUGACACCUAGGUACAUGCAUGUCUCUACUUGUAGAAUGAGGUAGUGAUCAUGUCAUGUUAGCAUAGGAUUAAUGGUGACACCUUGGUACAUGCAUGUCUCUACUUGUAGAAUGAGGUAGUGAUCAUGUCAUGUUAGCAUAGGAUUAAUGGUGACACCUUGGUACAUGCAUGUCUCUACUUGUAGAAUGAGGUAGUGAUCAUGUCAUGUUAGCAUAGGAUUAAUGGUGACACCUAGGUACAUGCAUGUCUCUACUUGUAGAAUGAGGUAGUGAUCAUGUCAUGUUAGCAUAGGAUUAAUGGUGACACCUAGGUACAUGCAUGUCUAUACUUGUAGAAUGAGGUAGUGAUCAUGUCAUGUUAGCAUAGGAUUAAUGGUGACACCUAGGUACAUGCAUGCCUCUAAUUGUAGAAUGAGGUAGUGAUCAUGUCAUGUUAGCAUAGGAUUAAUGGUGACACCUAGGUACAUGCAUGUCUCUACUUGUAGAAUGAGGUAGUGAUCAUGUCAUGUUAGCAUUGUAUUAAUGGUGACACCUAGGUACAUGCAUGUCUCUACUUGUAGAAUGAGGUAGUGAUCAUGUCAUGUUAGCAUAGGAUUAAUGGUGACACCUAGGUACAUGCAUGUCUCUACUUGUAGAAUGAGGUAGUGAUCAUGUCAUGUUAGCAUCGGACUAAUGGUGACACCUAGGCACUUGCAUGUCUCUACUUGUAGAAUGAGGUAGUGAUCAUGUCAUGUUAGCAUAGGAUUAAUGGUGACACCUAGGUACAUGCAUGUCUCUACUUGUAGAAUGAGGUAGUGAUCAUGUCAUGUUAGCAUAGGAUUAAUGGUGACACCUAGGUACAUGCAUGUUUCUACUUGUAGAAUGAGGUAGUGAUCAUGUCAUGUUAGCAUAGGAUUAAUGGUGACACCUGGGCACAUGCAUGUCUCUACUUGUAGAAUGAGGUAGUGAUCAUGUCAUGUUAGCAUAGGAUUAAUGGUGACACCUAGGCACAUGCAUGUCUCUACUUGUAGAAUGAGGUAGUGAUCAUGUCAUGUUAGCAUAGGAUUAAUGGUGACACCUAGGUACAUGCAUGUCUCUACUUGUAGAAUGAGGUAGUGAUCAUGUCAUGUUAGCAUAGGAUUAAUGGUGACACCUAGGUACAUGCAUGUCUCUACUUGUAGAAUGAGGUAGUGAUCAUGUCAUGUUAGCAUAGGAUUAAUGGUGACACCUAGGUACAUGCAUGUUUCUACUUGUAGAAUGAGGUAGUGAUCAUGUCAUGUUAGCAUAGGAUUAAUGGUGACACCUGGGCACAUGCAUGUCUCUACUUGUAGAAUGAGGUAGUGAUCAUGUCAUGUUAGCAUAGGAUUAAUGGUGACACCUAGGCACAUGCAUGUCUCUACUUGUAGAAUGAGGUAGUGAUCAUGUCAUGUUAGCAUAGGAUUAAUGGUGACACCUAGGUACAUGCAUGUCUCUACUUGUAGAAUGAGGUAGUGAUCAUGUCAUGUUAGCAUAGGAUUAAUGGUGACACCUUGGUACAUGCAUGUCUCUACUUGUAGAAUGAGGUAGUGAUCAUGUCAUGUUAGCAUAGGAUUAAUGGUGACACUGUCACAGAUGAGAUGGUAUUAGGAGGUAAUGGCCGUACUUAUGGUCAUGUACCACGUGGUUUUGGUGGUGUUAUGAAUAGUACUGGGCCGUUCCUUUCUGUGAUGGUUCACUAAUCCAGGCGUUGAGAAGUACGACCAAGAGAACACAGAACACGAAUGAAUGAAUAAACAACUCCUCAUUAACAGUUAUAAGUAAAAGAUGUAUUGAUCACUAUAAUAAGAUUGUAAUGUCUCCUUUCUAACUGUUAACACUUUGCUUUCUAUCCCUAAUUCUAUCUCUGACUACGGCUAGUAAUACUACGUCUGUUACAACAGAACGACCGUCCAUGAAUAUCUCCCUCUCCUUAUGCCACGAAGAGUUCUAUGUUAUAUACCAUUCUCUACCUCCCUAGGUGGUCCAGGAAUGCUGGCAAUUAACCCAUCUAUACCCCCCUCAUUUCCGGUCAAUUAGGAACUUCCGUCGUCAACCUUUAUGCCACGAAGAGUUCUAUGUUAUAUACCAUUCUCUACCUCCCUAGGUGGUCCAGGAAUGCUGGCAAUUAACCCAUCUAUACCCCCCUCAUUUCCGGUCAAUUAGGAACUUCCGUCGUCAACCCCAAAGUUGUCACACGAAGUCUGGGAAAUCCGAGACAUAAUGUUAUGGAAAGAAGCAUCCCCUUAAUCUAAAAGAUACGAGAAUGUAUUAGCCUUACCCCCAUGCGCCCAACAGUUCCCUCCCUAAGAUCACAGCAAUUUCCGUUCAUCCCAUAAGUUAUCUGAAGAACAAUGGAGCUCUGUUGUUAACCCCCGACCCAGUCAUUUGUGACAGACACCUAGGUACAUGCAUGUCUCUACUUGUAGGAUGAGGUAGUGAUCAUGUCAUGUUAGCAUAGGAUAAAUGCUGACACCUAGGUACAUGCAUGUCUCUACUUGUAGAAUGAGGUAGUGAUCAUGUCAUGUUAGCAUAGGAUUAAUGGUGACACCUAGGCAUAUGCAUGUCUCUACUUGUAGAAUGAGGUAGUGAUCAUGUCAUGUUAGCAUAGGAUUAAUGGUGACACCUAGGUACAUGCAUGUCUCUACUUGUAGAAUGAGGUAGUGAUCAUGUCAUGUUAGCAUAGGAUUAAUGGUGACACCUAGGUACAUGCAUGUCUCUACUUGUAGAAUGAGGUAGUGAUCAUGUCAUGUUAGCAUAGGAUUAAUGGUGACACCUAGGUACAUGCAUGUCUCUACUUGUAGAAUGAGGUAGUGAUCAUGUCAUGUUAGCAUAGGAUUAAUGGUGACACCUAGGUACAUGCAUGUCUCUACUUGCUCUAUGUAGUGACACCUAGGCACAUACAUGUUUCUACUUGCUCUAUAUGGUGACACCUAGGCACAUACAUGUUUCUACUUGCUCAAUAUGGUGACACCUGGGCACAUAUUUCGCUACUUGCUCUAUAUGGUGACACCUGGGCUCAUAUGUCGCUACUUGCUCUUUAUGGUGAAACCUGGGCACAUAUGUGGCUACUUGCUCUAUAUGGUGACACCUGGGCACAUAUGUCGCUACUUGCUCUAUAUGGUAACACCUGGGCACAUAUGUCGCUACUUGCUCUAUAUGGUGACACCUGGGCACAUAUGUGGCUACUUGCUCUAUAUGGUAACACCUGGGCACAUAUGUGGCUACUUGCUCUAUAUGGUGACACCUGGUCACAUAUGUGGCUACUUGCUCUAUAUGGUGACACCUGGGCACAUAUGUGGCUACUUGCUCUAUAUGGUGACACCUGGGCACAUAUGUCACUACUUGCUCUAUAUGGUGACACCUGGGCACAUAUUUCCCUACUUGCUCUAUAUGGUGACACCUGGGCACAUAUUUUGCUACUUGCUCUAUAUGGUGACACCUGGGCACUUAUGUCACUACUUGCUCUAUAUGGUGACACCUGGGCACUUAUGUCACUACUUGCUCUAUAUGGUAACACCUGGGCACAUAUGUCACUACUUUCUCUAUAUGGUGACACCCGGGCACAUAUGUCGCUACUUGCUCUAUAUGGUAACACCUGGGCACUUAUGUCGCUACUUGCUCUAUAUGGUGACACCUGGGCACAUAUGUCUCUACUUGCUCUAUAUGGUAACACCUGGGCACAUAUGUCGCUACUUGCUCUAUAUGGUAACACCUGGGCACAUAUGUCGCUACUUGCUCUAUAUGGUGACACCUGGGCACAUAUGUCGCUACUUGCUCUAUAUGGUAACACCUGGGCACAUAUGUCGCUACUUGCUCUAUAUGGUGACACCCGGGCACCCAUUUCUCUGCUUGCUCUAUAUGGUGACACCCGGGAACCCAUUUCUCUGCUUGCUCUAUAUGGUGACACCUGGGUACAUGCAUGUCUCUACUAGCUCUUUACUGUGCUUUUUUUAUUGUUAGAUCUGCAAUAUGAUUAGUCCCCCUCCAGAAAUCGGCAGCCAUUUCUUCGGUUUUUGAGACACUGAACUGAAGUAAAUGUUUGUCACACCAGUGGAUGAAGCUUGUAACUAAGUUACUAUAUGAAAUUUCCCAAUGAUGGUAUUUUUAAAAUCAAUAUUUUAAAAACUUUUCAAUUCUUACCACAUUGAAUUGUAAAUAAAAACUUUUCAACUGUUUUAAAAAUUUUUUUUUUUAGUUACUUGAUGUUCCUUACUUCUAUGGAGUUGAAAAAAUUAAAACAAUUGGGAGUUGUUACAUGGCAGCUACAGGACUUAAACCCUCUCACUUGGUCAAGGUAGGCCACUUAUUUCCAUUUGGAUUAAGUUAAGAUUGGUCAUAUGAUGUUCCUGUCAAAUGGUUCAGUCUGAAUAAGGUCAAUGUCGAUUCAUGGCCAUUAAGACAUUUAACUCCAUUUUGCAAAAUUAAGAAAAUAAAGUUCUGGGAAUUUUUUGCACAUAAUUUAUGAAAAUCUGAUAAAGGCUUCUUUUUGGCUUAUAAUUUUACUUCAAUAAUAUUAAGCCUACAUUAAGUUCAAUAAUUGUUUACCCAUACAUUUUUAUGUAUACCUGGUAUAUGUGUUUGGUUUAUUUUUAAAAAUCAGCAGCAUAAAAGAAUAUAAUUACAAGAAUAUUAUAAAUUAAGGAAAACUACAACAGAUAAAUCAAUGUUUUCUAUAAGGUUGAAUUCUGUCUGUGAAGGCUAAUGAAAAUUAAAGAAACUAUCUUUAAAAAAUUUUUGCUUUUAUCAAACCCCACUCCCUUUUAAAAAUGCUUAAAAUGAGAUCGUGAUAUUUAAAUUUGAUUUUUGAUGUUUCCAGGUGAGAGAUGAGUCCAUAACAUUUUACAUCACGAUGUUGGUAGAUUUUGUUAUGGCCAUGAAGGAGAAAUUGAAAAACAUCAAUGAAAACUCUUACAACAAUUUUGAGCUACGAGUUGGUAAGCUUGAGGGAGCGAAUGCGUUAGGCGCUUAAAUUGUUUAGUUAAUGGUAUACCUUUGUCAAGUCAUACAUUUGAACUUGAACUUAAAUAAGAAAAAUAAGACCAAUAUUUUUUCCUUACUGGAAGGUAUUAACGUUGGACCAGUAGUGGCUGGAGUCAUCGGAGCUCGCAAGCCUCAGUAUGAUAUAUGGGGGAAUACAGUUAAUGUUGCCAGUCGAAUGGAAAGCACUGGAGUUUCAGGGAGGGUUCAGGUAAGCUGUUCUGUCACUGUUCAGGUAAGCUGUUCUAUCACUGUUCAGGUAAGUUGUUCUAUCACUGUUGAGGUAAGCUGUUCUGUCACUGUUCAGGUAAGCUGUUCUAUCACUGUUGAGGUAAGCUGUUCUGUCACUGUUCAGGUAAGCUGUUCUAUCACUGUUGAGGUAAGCUGUUCUGUCACUGUUCAGGUAAGCUGUUCUAUCACUGUUGAGGUAAGCUGUUCUGUCACUGUUCAGGUAAGCUGUUCUAUCACUGUUCAGGUAAGCUGUUCUAUCACUGUUCAGGUAAGCUGUUCUAUCACUGUGCAGUCUGGCAGGUAAAUGGUUAAGUUGUUUUCCCUAAACAAUUUCCUUAAUAUGGUUUAUAUGCUUCUUCAUACAAUCUUUUAGCUGGCAUAAAAUUAUUUGCUAAUAUUGACGAGUAUACAUGGGCAUUUUUUUCCUUUUAAAUUGAAUAAUUCAUUACUGAGUGUUAAAAUCAGGACGGCUUGAUCUCGGGGCAUCAUUAUAAGAGGGUCUGAAAAAUAUCAAAAAAAUAUAAUUUUAAAAUGUUGCCACUCCAGGUCACAGAAGAAGUUUAUGCAGUUCUUAAGAAUGUCUUCACAUUUGAAUGCCGAGGUAAAGUUCCUGUCAAAGGUAAAGGUGACAUGAUCACAUACCUGUUGAAGGACCGCAUUGUGCCAAGAGAUCCCAACUGUAUCUACCCACCUCCUACACCACCAGAAAGCCCACAAGUGGACAGCCCCCAUCCCAGUGGAACUCCAACUUGCAGGUCAGUAAAAUAAAUGGUUUUUACUUUCAUCGUGUUGUUAAAAAGCCAUGUUGUGCCUGAACUGUAUCAUUAAGGACCUAUCAUAAUCUGCUUAUCUUGUUAUACUAAACUCAAUUGGAUCAUUAGUAAGGCUGAUAUCAAUAGAUUUACCAGAUAAAUUAUUUGUAAAGAAAUCAUUUGCAACAUAAUUUAUUCGUUUGAAACUUUCUUUGCCAUGUCGUUUCUGUCAUUUCUCCAGAUCACUCGAGAGUUUACCUCCAACAAUGAUCAGCAAUGACUCACCUGUAUCACCCUCUCUAAGAACUCUGGGUAAGUCUGCCAGUGCAGAGCAUCCGGUAUUUACAUCCAGCACUGAAAGAAUCCAGCACCAAACAUCCACCAUGGAGAGGCAGCGUGGCGCCUCAACUCCAACGGGCAGUCUCAAUAAAAAGCGUCAAAAUUCCAUGGACAGCCCCAGCAUGCACAGAAACCCGCUACGGAAACUCAGCAGUUCCUCUGCCGGUAACACAGCUCAAGGUAAUGUAGGGGGUCCGGAGUUGCCAGCCGUACACUUUUUUAAUGCAAAGAUGCAAAACCAGCAAGCCAGACCUGUGUCUGUGCAAGUACAAAACUCCAUCUUUGAUAGCCUGAAAGCCAAAGUUUCUUCACCCACAAGUCCAGGCAGCCCCACCAGUCCUAAGUCAACAGUCAGUGACGGUGCAAGAGCCACCAAAGUACUUGGGGAUGGCGGCAAGGCCGUCACCAUGGCCGGCAGCAACACAUCCCGUGGGCAAACUACCUCCCUGCACUCUUUAAGAAAAGUCAGCUCUGAGCCAAACUGUAAACCUCCUGCUAUACCACUGACUGGCAGCAGCCCCCCUCAUUCAAGGACAAAUGCCCCUCCCAUCUAUCAAUGUGUUUCUCCUCCAACAAAACCACAUCUUAAGAGAGUAACCGAGGAUGCAAUACUAGAAGAUAUGACAAGCUUUAAUUCUCAUGGAAAAUGUCCGAACAAGGCUUACUUGCCCAGUGAUGCAACAUUACACAAUGGAAUUGUGCUAGGCCAGAGCAAUAAGCAGGAAAGUUACUACGCACAACUUUCCGAGUGCCUAACCAGACCACUAAAACCAUCACCGGAAGAUGUAUCUAGAAACAGUAAUGACCGAUUUGUUACUGGGGUUUAUCGUGAACCCAUUGAUAAGUGCCCCUCAUCGACCUCGUCCCAAAGGAGCCGGGAGUCAUUUGAAAGGUGCCAAUCAACCACACCGUCUCUUAGAAGCACCGCCUCCUCAGAGCAGACGGUCAUCAUUCAUGAUGAUGUUUCAGAAUAUUCACCUGAACAUAAAAAGGGAGACAAGCAAGCAUCAGCGGCUGUUGAGGAUAUGACCAGCCCAUCUUCUAACUCCACUGUCACCCCCACUGGAGGGUUAGUAGCCAGUAUUGAUGGGAAAACAAUGUCACUUUUCUAUGACCCCAGAAACAAUACCGAAAACGGCAUGGUCCCCAGUGCACCCAAACCUUGGGCUGCCCAGGUCAAGCCAUGGGCCAUUCAAAGAAAUGGUUUAAGAUAUGGGCAAAACGAAGCCCAUCAAAUCAAGAGCAGUUAUCGCAAAUCCUACCCAUCUGUGCCUACCCACAAGCUCGGGGCAUCGCUGUCUCCGCUAAAGAAGCGAAGAGAGGCUUUUAACAUGAACUUUGUGUCCGAUGAUGAGAAAGACUCGAUAUCCUCACAUCCUCCAAGUGACCAUUCUUCCAUUGUGUUUUUGAAUCCAAUAGAACUGAAGCCGUCAAGAAAUGCACUAAUUCGCCACUUACCUCACCAAGAUGACAAGCAUAGUGUACUGAGCUAUGUUUUCACAUCCCCUUACAGCACUCUAGAUCGCUUCAGAUCUAGAUCUAGUGAUACCAUCAACAGCAUUCCCCAUUGCCCCCCUACACCAAAAUUUCCCAUCCCAGAGGCCUCAGCUUCAUUGACCCAAUUAUUGCAAGAGCUAACGCAAGAGUAUGACCAGCCUGACCUUGACACCUUGUUGUACGAUGAACCAGAGAAUCGCCCAUCCCACCACAUGUCAGGUUACAACAAGCCUCCAAAAUCUCCAGAGACACGAGAAAAAGAUCACCUGAAAAGGAGAUUAAAUAGUGGCAUGGACAACCAGGGGGUACUCCCCUCCACCAGGAUGGCACCAAAUGUGCACAGGUUGUCAAUCAACCCGUUCCAAAUCAAGAGGAGACAACCGCACAGCAUACCUCCACGGCACUGCAGAAGUUUAGAUUACAUUCCAAGCGACCGUGAGGAUGCCACGUCUCCUGUUAGUUCAGCUUGCGCCAGUCCAAAGACCAGACACGCUUAUCUCAUGCCUCUCAUCUUCGGGGCCCAAACUGCAGCAUCCAGAGCAGAGCACACAAGUCUCAGCUCACUGGCCAGCAGCAGUGAAAUGUCCCAGUCAGACCCUCACAUCAAUGGCGACUCUGGCUCAGCUGCCUAUGAGUCAGAGUACGACAACUAUCGGCCCGGAACCGUCAGUGAUGAUGACCUGUUUGUCCCUGACCACAUGAGUGACAUGGACAUGUUUGAUGAUAUGAAUAUUGAUGAUGUGACAGUCAGUGACAACUUCAGCAUGGAUAUGCCUGUUCCACGUUUCAGUAAGAAAAUUACAGAGGUUUAGACAUGAGCACACAACUCAAAAUAAUGAGUUAUAUAAAGCUUAACUGAGAUUUAACAAACCUGGAGUUUUAAAAAGCCCAGACCAUUCGUAAAGGAACUUUUGAAAUUAAUCCAAUCAAAUAAAUGAAAGCAUAUCUUUAAAAAACAAUAUGGACAGAUAAGAGAAAUAGAGCAUUUGGAAAGACUUACAUUGUUUAUAAUUGAUAUUGAAAUUGGUCUUUUAAAUCACAUGUAGAAUCUGUUUAUGCACAAAACUUGAGUUUCAAUUACAUUUGAUUUCGGAAGAAUAUGUUUCUUUAUAUAUGAAUUUCUUUAUCUUAACA